AUGUUGUGGUUUGCAGAUUUUUAUGUGGUCCUGUUGUCUCCGUGCGAAUUGGAUACGACUAUGAAAAUGAUACUACAAGUGCCGAUGUGGGCACAGAGAGUCAUUUACAUACAGGGAUCAGCUCUCAAAGACACCGAUCUCACACGAGCCAGGAUGAAUGCAGCUGAAGCAUGUUUUAUACUAGCGGCCAGGAAUUACAUUGAUAGAUCUGCAGCCGACGAGCACACAAUACUGCGUUCGUGGGCUGUCCGUGAUUUUGCCCCAAAUGUUCCCCAAUAUAUACAAAUAUUUAGACCCGAGAAUAAAAUACACGUCGCCUUCGCCGAGCAUGUGGUUUGUGAGGAUGAAUUCAAAUACGCUCUGUUGGCCAACAAUUGUUUAUGUCCGGGAACUUCCACUUUGGUUACCCUACUAUUGCAUACAUCCAGAGGACAUGUCUGCGGUUAUCAGCACUUCCAGAGGGCGGGCGGCCGUAAUGUCGACCUAUUCGAGAGCCUAUACUUUGUUGUGGUAACGUUCGCCACCGUAGGCUACGGCGACUAUAAGCCCGACCGGUGGCCGUCGCAGCUAUUUAUGGUGAUCAUGAUAUGCGUGGCCUUAAUUGUAUUGCCCACACAGUUUGAACAGUUGGCCUACACUUGGAUGGAAAAGCAAAAACUGGGCGGAAGUUACAGGUAA